AUGGAUGUGAUGGGUAGAGACCUACUCAAUAACACCGUCCGAUACUUGAACAGCUCCGCCGGGUACACUACGCGUGUGCCACAACUCACACGUGUUGUCCGGGCAUUGAAAAAUGGCGAAGACGUGGACGUCGAGAAUGUUGUUCGUAUUGUCAACGUCACUUACAUCAGGCAAGGUCGCCAUGCCACUGAUCUGGAGAGGAUGGCGCACAGCAGGCAGAUCAGUGAAGAUCGGCCGCAAGUUAUCCACAGUGUUACCCUGCCCGGAGCUGUUGUUGCAGGUAAAUAG